AUGGCGGCCGACAAUAACGAGGAUGAUCUGGCGACGCGUGACUCUGGCGAGCGCCCGGACGAGUGGACGGAGAGCGACAGGGCGGACACGGGGGUUGUGACACAAACGGGGGACGAGGAGGAAGAGGAGGCGGAUGCAGAGGCGGAGGCGGAGGGGGAGCAGCAGGAAUACGGGGAAGGGGGGGCGGAGGCGGAAGGAGAAGAGUACGCAGAGGAAGGGGAAGGUGGAGAGGAAGAAGCGGAGGAGGAUGGGGAGGAGAAUGGUUACGGAGAGCAGGAAGGAGCAGCGGAACGGGGAGAAGCGGAAGGGGGAGAAUCGGAAUGGGGAGAGGAAGGGGGGGAGGGGGAGGAGGGGGAUGUGGAAGUGUGGGUGGCUGGGCAGGAUGAAGCGGAGGGGGAUGGCGGAGAGGUGGAGGGGGCGGGGGAGUGGGCGGACGCGCGGGGGGGCGGCGAGGGGGAAUGGGAGGAAGGAGGAGAGGGGGACGAGGGGGAUGUGGAGGUGUGGGUGGCUGGGCAGGAUGAUGCGGAGGGGGAUGGGGGAAACGAGGGGCGUGGGGGAGGGGAGGGAGACGGAGGGAUGGAAGGAGGAACGGUAGGGGAAGCAGAGUUGGGGGAGGAGGCAGUAGAGGGUGAGGAAGCGGGAGAAGGAGAGGAAGCGGGGGAAGAGGCGGGGGAGGAAGGGGGGGAAGGAGAGGAAGGCGGAGAUGGGGAUGGGGAGUAUCCUGGGUGGGCGAGUGAUGCGUUGCUUUCGUUUCUGGAGGAGCAGGGCGAGAGUGUGAAGGUCCCUCUGUACUGGUCUGCUGUGAAGAGGAUCGUUGCAGGGUACAUCCAAGCCAACGGGCUGCAGGUGAGACUGGAACCAAAGGGGUGCAGUGCAGAUGAGUGCUCGAGGCAGCAGGGUGCAAGGGAGUGCCGUGAGCAACUGCAGGGCGAGAGUGUGAAGGUCCCUCUGUACUGGUCUGCUGUGAAGAGGAUCGUUGCAGGGUACAUCCAAGCCAAUGGGCUGCAGGUGAGUGCUCGAGUCAAAGGGGUGCAGGGGAGGGCGAGAGUUCCGGGGAAAAAGAGGAAGCGUGGCCGGCCCCCCAAGGCCUCUCGAGACGACCCAGCCACUGCUACAGCCGCCGCUACAGCUGCCGAACCCAACCACACCCGCUACUCCGAUCCAUUCGCCUCAGACCCAGACGUCCCUGAAGUGACCAACCCUUUCGGCCCCUCUGCCUUUUCCCCUGCUCCUCCGGCUCCCCCAACGGGCCCUGAGUGUGGGUACGCGGCGGUGACGCUGGCGAAUCUGGGCGGGGUGUUUCUGAAGCGAAGGCAGCUGGAGGGGUUGCUGGCGGAUGAGGGGUUUGACCGCAAGGUGGUGGGCACGUUUGUGCGUAUUCGGGUACCGGGCCCGGCCAAUCAGACAGAGGCCUGCUAUCGACUCUGUGGGUAUGCGGCCGUGACGCUGGCGAGUUCGGACCCGUUCGGCCCCUCCUCCUCAGCCUUCCCCCCUGCUCCUCCCGCUCCCCCCCCGGGCCCUGAGUGUGGGUACGCGGCCGUGACGCUGGCGAAUCUGGGCGGGGUGUUUCUGAAGCGAAGGCAGCUGGAGGGGUUGCUGGCAGAUGAAGGGUUUGACCGCAAGGUGGUGGGCACCUUUGUGCGGAUCCGUGUGCCGGGCCCGGCCAAUCAGACAGAGGCGUGCUAUCGACUCUUGGAGAACCCUCCCUUCCUCCUCCCCUCCUCCCCUCCUCUCCUCCUCCCCUCCUCUCCUCCUCCCCUCCUCCCCUCCUCCCCUCCUCCACUCCUCCCCUCCUUCCCUCCUUCCCUUCUUCCCUCCUUUACGAGCCAGACUGAUAUGUACCCCGUGGGAAAGGGGCUGACCAACAGGGUGGGUGCUGCUCAUCAUGAACUCUCCCUCCCUGCCCUUUGCCUCUCACAUGCCUCCAUCCUUUUCAAUUCCCCUUCAUCAGGUUGCACGAGUCAGACGGAGAUGUAUCCAGUGGGCAAGGGCCUGACCAACCGGGUGCUGCUCAUCAUGAACCUCAAGACUCCAGAGGCCACGACUAUCGACCUGGUCUCCAACUCCGACUUCACUGAGGAGGAAUGUCAGAAGCUGCGGCAGUACAUGAAGUGGGGGCUAGUGGAUCGACUGACAGUGGACGAGGUGGCAGCCAAGGAGAACGAGUUGCACGAGCUCAAAGUCAAUGAUUGGUUGGAGGCAGAGCGAGUGAAGCUGACCAAGUUGAGGGACAGGGCCAGAGAGCUACUCUCACUCACACCUCCCUUGUCCACUGCACCUCUGUGCUUUGCUUUCUCUCUUACUGCUGCCUCCACCCUCCCACUCAACUCUCCCAGUGGUUGGAGGCAGAGCGAGUGA